AUGUUUUUUCAGAUCGAAAAUACACCUGAGCGGAUUAGAAAAGAACGCAAACCCAAAACCGUUCUUCAAACAUCACCGAAAGAUGAAAUUCCACGUCUUACAUUAGCUCCAUUUUCAAGACCACCUAAAGUUAUUUUUGAGAAUGUUGUCGUUGGUACAUCGUGUGAAAAAUAUUUGGAACUGUUUAAUCCCUCCAAAGAAAUACAAGAGAUCACAUUAAAAGCCACACUACCUGGUCUUUAUGUUGAUUUGCCUCAGGGCUGUGUUGCUUUGGAUCCACAAUCAUGCUACUGUAUAACCCUGGUUUGGACACCAUUGGAAGUAAUUGCUCUUCGAGAGACAUUAAGGUUUACAAAUGAGAAAAGAGGCAGAUUCGAUGUUAUUGUUGUCCUUAAAUCGAUUUUGCCUGGAAAAAACAAAAUAAAGGGCUUCAAGACUUCCCCUGGUAGAAUCAAGAAAAAGACAUUAAAAAAAUCACCAGGAAAUAUAUCAAAGAAGAAAGUUAAAGUUUUUAAUACAACAAAUGAAGUUACAAAAGUAAAAAUUGUGCAGUCAACCAAGCUGUCAAGUCAAUGCAAUAUCACUGCAUAUAAAAGCCCAGAGAAUCCUUUUGAAGCAAAUUAUGACAGUAAUUUUACUUUCAACAGUUCUGAGGUUUUUGCAAAUAGAAUCAAACCUGAUAAUGACUUCUACCUUCAUAGGACAUAUGAUAAAGCCACCUUGAACAACUUGGAAGCCUCUACAUGCAUGCUGAAGGAGUCAAACAGACAGAAUACUUCGGCAACUGACUUGUUUGAUAAUUUAACUUUUACACCAUUAAAAAGUGUUCAGAGUAAAACUGAGAAAUUAGAAAAGGGUCCUAACAUAGUAUUUAGCAUUAACUCAGACAGCAACUAUGACAGUUUAGAGACUAGUGACUCAAAUAAAGAAAAUGAGACUCAUUCAAUCAUGUGCAUAACAUCAACACAUACCAAUGAAAAUAGAUGGUUGACUGUGGAUAACUAUACAAGGCUUAACCAAUACAUAGAAAAUGAAACACCAAAAAUGAUAGCCAAGAAAGUACCUCAAACAUCAUCUCCGAAGGAUUUAAACAGUCCCAACUUCUCCAUUAAUACAGACUACUCACGCAUAAGCGACUUGUCGUUCUUCCCUCAAAGAUUUUCGACAGAAAGAAAACCACUAUCAAAACUCAAUUAUGAAAUCUCUGAAGAUGAUCAGAAUAUUAAGAUAAUUACAGAUACAUAUAUAAAGGAGUCUCCGCUCGAAAAUCAUAUAAAUCAAGUAGAAGCUCGCCAGCCAUUUUCAAACAAGGAGCCGCGCUUUUGUAAACAAGCUUUAUUCAAAGAGCAGGAGAACAGGAACAACUUUGAACGGAAUCAUUAUCGUCUAGAUCACAACUUGUGGCAACAUGAUGUUAAAUCAGAAAAUAGAUCUCCACCAAGAUCAAUUACUCCUCCUCUACAAUCUAUUCCAGAAGAAAGUAUUCAUCUAUCUGAUACACAAACGUUUGACAAAAGUACUCGAGACACAGAAACAUUUUCAAUAAAUCGGACAUACAAUAAGAAUGACAAGUCAAUAAUGAAGCAGAGUUUAUGGUCCAAAAAGGCAGUAGUUAAAUCUAAAGGCCCUCCAUCGAUCAGAGAAUCUUUUUGUACUACAAAUCAUACUUUUGUAUCCAACAAAAGUGUCCAAAAUAUUUCUCUAGGUUACAUACCUAACGCUUAUUCUCAAUCUCUUAUUAUUAAUCCUUUCUCAUCUUGCACCCAGUUCUAUGAUGAAGCUCUCAUUAAAAAAUUCGAAAAAGAAUUCAAACGUUGGCUUAAUUAUAUAUUGACACCUCCCGAUCUCGAGAGUAACAUUGAACAAAAAAUUGACAUUGGCAAGGUGUGGAUUGAGAGCAGGAAUACUGAAGUGCCAACAGCUCCUACAAAAGAGAAAGUUUGUAGUUCUUAUCAUAACAGCAGUCGCUUGGAAAGCCUCAGGAAAUCCGCUAGAACAUUACUAAAAUCCCCAGAGAUGUGUGAAGUGCUUAGAAAAUUAAAUGCACAAAUUGACAAGAAAUUAAUUUGCAUCAGAGACGACAGGAACUUGCACCUCGAUGUUGGUCUUCAAAAGACGAUUAUGGAAAUCAUACUGUCAUAUAACCCUCUUUGGCUUCGAUUGGGUUUAGAAGUUAUUUAUAAUUUAGUACUACCUUUGAAAUCCAAUAGUGAUAUUGAAGGAAUAACCACAUUCAUAGUUCAGAGGAUGUUUAAAAAUCCAUUCUUGAAGAACAAAAACGCUAAAUCUACAGCAGCACCAAACAUUUUGCUUCCCGCUUACAUAGAGGCGAUAAAAAAAUUCACCUUAAAGAAGUUUUUCUCAUUGGUUUACUUCUUAGACCAAGCUAAGCAAAAAAAGAUAAUUUCGCACGAUCCUUGCUUGUUUUGCCGAAAUGCAGUAUGUAAAGAAAGCAGACAGAUUUUGAUUAGAUUUACAAGGGAACUUAUAGCUGGAAUAGGCGAUAUUACAAGACAUUUGCGGCCCACCGGCUAUGUCGUUGUACACAAGCAGACCUAUAUCGACGAAUACAAGUAUGGUGUAAACGAUAUAGCCAUCGAUCUCAGAGACGGGGUCCGUUUGACAAAAGUCUCCGAAAUUAUUUUGCUGAAGGAUAAUUUGAUAAAACAGUUACGCGCUCCGGCGAUAUCGCGACUUCAGAAGAUACAUAACGUGGAAGUAGCAUUGAAAGCUCUAAGGGGAGAAAACUUCGAGAUCGAAGGUGAAAUAACUGCAACCGACAUCGCAGACGGUCACCGAGAGAAAACUUUGUCUCUACUAUGGCAAUUGAUUCACGUGUUUCGUGCUCCGCUAUUCCAGAAAGCCGCUAACGUGAUACAGAUCUGGUGGCGUAAGAAAUACGACGUCAUUCUCGAGAAGCGUAUGAUAGAAGAGAAAGAGUUAAGAAGGAAGCACACCGCAGCAGGUAUUAUUCAAUUCUGGUGGAGGCAAAUACAGAAUAAGCGUAGAUAUGAAAAGAGAUUGUACGAGGUCACCCGAGCGACGAUAACUUUGCAAAAGUUCUGUCGCAUGUGGCUUUGUAAAACGCGUCUUCGUCGUUACAAACAGAGCGUAUUAGUAAUAGAAACGUGGUACAGAAGUAUGAAAUUAAUGCAAGCAGCAAAACAGAUAUUGCGAGAGAAAAAAGAAGAGCGGAAACUUAAAUCUGCGAUAAUCAUUCAGACAUGUUUUCGGCGAUGGAUUUGCUUGAAAAGGUAUCGAAGUAUCGUCAACGGUGUCGUAAAAAUUCAAACGGCGUUUAGGCGUUAUUCAGCCAGAAAACGAUAUAUUCAACUACGAAACUACGCAAUUGUAAUUCAAAGUAGGUUCAGAAAUGUUCUGUUGACUAGAAAACUGCUAAAGCGUUAUGCAGAACUUAAAAAAGCAACUAUUAUUAUACAAAGACAAUAUAGAGCGCAAGUUGCAAUGAAGCAGUCUAGGAAAAAUUACACUGAGCUAAGGAACGCAGUAAUCGCGAUACAGAAUCGUUACAGAGCCCAAAAACUCAUGAAAAUCGAAAGGACUAGAUUUGAGCUAUUGAAACAUUCAUGUGUAACCAUUCAAAGGCAUUUACGCGCAUAUCGUUUAGGCAAAGAAACGCGGAGUGCCUUCCUAACUAAGCGACAUGCGGCUAUCCUAAUCCAAAACUGGUAUAGAUCUCAAAAGGCCAGAAUAUCAUUUAAACGCCUGAAACAAGCUGUAAUAAUAGUACAGCGUCGGUAUAGAGCUCAAAUACUCAUGAAAUCUGAAAGAUCAAAGUACAAUAUUUUAAAACACUCUUGCACUGUUAUUCAAACGUACUUCAGGGCGUAUCGUCUAGGUAAAGCAACAAGGAAAGUGUUCUUGGAACAAAGAACUGCUGUAAUCAAAAUCCAGAACUGGUACAGGACACAACAUAUUAGAAGUGAAUACAAAGAGCUAAAAGAAGCUGUUAUAACCAUUCAACGUCGUUAUAGGGCGCAAAGAAAAAUGCACGAAGAGAGAUCGAAAUACUUGCUAUUAAAGAAGUCGUGUGUAGCAAUUCAACGGUUUUACAGAGCAUACCAGUUAGGUAAGGAGAUUCGAACGCAGUAUUUGAAACAAACUAAUGCAGUAUUAAAAAUACAAGACUGGUAUAGAAGUAGCAAAAUGAGCCAAAAGGCAAGACACGCCUUUUUAUGCCUCAAACAGGCAGUUAUAAAGAUUCAGCAUCGGUUUAGAGCGUACAGGCAAAUGUCUAUAGAGAGGACCAAAUUUGAACUCGUAAAGCGAUCUUGUCUAACUAUUCAAAGGUACUUUCGGGCAUUUAAAUUACGCGUCCAAGUACGGUCUAUAUAUCUGGAGAAGAGAAAUGCAGCCAUGAAGAUACAAGCUUGGUAUAGGAGUUGUAAAAACGGGCAGCGAAUAAAGCAAGAAUACAAUUGUACAAAGCGUGCGAUAAUAUUGAUCCAGCGUCGCUAUCGGGCACAGAAGAAAAUGCAAUUGGAGAGGGCAAGAUUUGAGUCACUCAAGUCGUCGUGUAUUACUAUUCAAAGAUAUUACCGCGCGUACAGAUUGGGUAAGGAGACACAAAAAUGGUAUAUGCGGCAAAGAAGUGCCGCUGUUAAAAUUCAAAAGUGGUAUAGAAAUUGCAAGAAAGGACAAAUAGCUUUAUGGGAGUACCAGAAAACCAAAAAAGCUUGUAUCACUAUCCAAAAAAUUUACCGCAGCUACUUAAUUACAAAGCGACAACGGAAAGAAUACUUAAGAAUUAAAAUGGCCACCGUUUGCGUUCAAAAAUAUUAUCGGUGUUAUAAACAAGCUAAAAUCAUUAGGCAAUGUUAUGUAGAAUUGAAAACUACCGUCAUAUAUGUGCAACGGAAAUUUAGAGCGCUCCAAGCUAUGAAAAAAGCUAGGAAUCAAUAUUUGUUAGAAAAGAAAUCUGCUAGCACAAUACAAAGACGCUUCAGGGCUUUACGUUCCAUGCGGAUCCUGAGGAAAGAAUAUUUAUUGAAACGAACGGCUGCGAUAGUAAUACAACAGAAGUUCCGAGCCUAUUGCCUAAUGAGACAGCAGAGAAAACAGUUCUUAAUAGCUAAAAUAGCCUGUAUACGAAUUCAGAGGUUUUACCGAGCGGUUGUAACAGGACGGCGUGAAAGACAAAAAUAUUUGACUGUUAAAAAUGCUGCUAUCACAAUGCAAACGAGAUUCAGAGCAUUGAUGCAAAUGAGGAGAGAAAGAACAGCAUUUAUAGCUAAAAGAAAAGCAGCCAUCAUAGUUCAAGAACGAUACAGAGCUCACAAAUUGAUGAUCCAACAAAAAUGUGUGUACAAGACCACGCUUGAAGCCUGCGUUUUGAUUCAGAGAAAGUAUAGGGCUUACAUCCUCGCUAAAAAAGAAAGAGCAAAGUAUUUAAAGCUAAAAUAUACUAUAGCAGCUUUACAAAAGUGGUACAGAUCCGUACUUGAAACGAGAAAGAGACGGCAGGAGUAUUUGAUCUUGCGAGAAAAAGUUAUCGUGUUACAAUCAUUUUUCCGAAUGGCCAUCAUUCGGAAGCAGUACCAUGAAAGACGUGAGGCGAUAUUAAAAAUACAGCGUCAUUACAGACUGUUUUUGUCGAUGAAAACGCAAAGGUCACGUUUCCUUGAAAUGAAGAGCAGCAUUACAAAGAUACAGGCUCAAGUGCGCGGUUUUCUUCAAAAGAGGAAAUUCCAACAGAUUAAAGCUGCAGUGGUACUAAUUCAGUGUGCCUACCGUCUAAAGCAAACUAGACAAUUGAUACUUCAAAAUAAAAGAGGAAAGGCUGCUUUGUGCAUACAGAAAAACACACGGAGAUAUCUUGCCCAGAUAAAAUAUGAGAGAUGCAGGCAAAAGAUCAUAUUCAUUCAAAGGUGGUGGAAAGCAUUACUUCUGACAAAACAAAUGCGUAAUGACUAUUUGCGCAAGAGAGACGCAAUAACGAAAAUACAGGCGUUAUCAAGGGGGUAUUUAGUUAGGAAGCAAGUGGAAAGCAAGAAAGAGAAUUUAAAGAAGGAAAGAGAAGAGAGGAGACGUAAUUGGGCAGCGGCUAGGAUUCAGGCGUUCUUCCGCGGUGUUAAAGUACGCAAAGCCAGCAACAAAUACGUUACCGCUUUACGUAAACGAUGGCGGGAGGGAAAGCUUGUAUCUACACAGAGGACACUAGCGGAAAGGGCGGAAGAAGCUUUGUAUAUCUUAAAUAGUAAUAUGGACAUUCCGGCUGUUCUCGACGCGUUUACUGUUCUUGAACAAACCACAGUUCUGUGGCCACAGAAAUAUGCUGUUAAAGCUGGUCUAUUGGUUCACAAUGUGUUCGGCUUUAUGGCUGCCACGAAUCGUUCGUUAUCAAGCAUUGAAGUUCUCACUAGAGGAGCUACCUUCCUUGUUAAUAUGACUAGGUACCAUAUAACUGGGCCAAAGUUGUAUCAGAGAGAUCGCGUUUCCGCUGUUCUGAAGUACAUGUGGCGCUUUAGUACAACGGAACCGAACUUGUUCUGUCGACUGGCGACUUAUCUGUGGCUUUUCGCAAAAUACGAAAAUACCAAAAAGGACCUAAAGGAGUUUCUAAAUGAACCAGACAAUCAUAAAAUGCUAUUAGCAAUAAAGAACAACAUAGGAAGGAUGAAGAAGAUGGCAUCUAACUCUAUGAAAUACAAGCUCAGUACAUCACAACCAUCGCGGAAAAUGUCUCUACCCUCACGUAACACAGAUAGGUCGAGCCUCAACAUAAGUGUCUGUAGUAAUGUGAGUAUGUCGUGUAGUGUUCGUAACAAGAAUGCAAUCACUCUACCCUUGCUGGAACCUGAUUAUGGGAUUGAUAGACCGGGGACAUUAAGAUACUUUGAGGACCCUCAACAAGCUAUAGAUUGCUUAUUUGUGACAUAUGAUCUAUAG